AGCACGCUCCUCAGCCAGCACACACGCGCCAGCCGCGUACCCACCGUGCGGCAUGUCCGCCGCCGCCGCCGCCGCUGCUGCUGCCGGCGCCGCCGCCUUUCCCCAGAGCCUCGCCCUCGAGCCGGCCGAGUGGAGGUACGAGAUGCGCCACUCGAUGCAGGCCGUCGCACCCGCCCUCUAUCUCGGGCCCGCAGAGGCGGGCAAGGAUCUGCAGCGCCUCACUGCCGCCGGCAUCACGGCGCUGCUGCUGCUGCGCUCGCCGCACGAGACGCCCUUUGUGCGCCCGCGCUUUCCCGAGCACUUCGUCUAUCUCGUCCUCGACGACGUCGCCGACCAGGACACGCAGAACCUCAUCCGCCUCCUGCCGCGCGCCCGCGCCUUCAUCGACGAACAGCUGGCGCGCGGCGGCCAAGUGCUUGUGCACGACGACGGCGGCAUCAGCAGGGCGCCGGCGGUGGUCGUCAUGUACCUGAUGGACCGGUAUCAAGUCACGUUCGACGCCGCGCUGGCACACGUCCAAGCGAGGCGCUACUGCAUGCACAUCAAUCCUGGCUUCUUGAAUCAGAUCAAGGAGUUCGAGGCGCUCAGUCGCGCUCAGCACUCCUACGCGGGUGCCGAUAUGUCUGAUGCUGUCUCCUCGCGACGGAAGCGGGAGAUGGACGACGAGGACGAUGAAGAGAUGAACGCCCCGCGCACGGGCAUGACGCCCUUUCAGUAGCCGCCGACGACCCGCCGGCAUGACGAGACAACACCAAGUCACCCCACACACACACAUCUUUCAUACCCCGCCACAAUUAGUUCACGACAUCGGCGAAGAGUGACUGGUCACGACUCAAUCAGGACGACAUUAGGCGCG